UUGGCCAGCUAUUAGUUCGGCCAGUUCCGAGGACCGGUUCUCUGGCGCGCCUCCGUUCGCUCGAUCCCGAAAAGAGGCUCAUAAAUCGGCCCGUUUUAUCACCUCUCGAUCGGCCCCACCACGUGUCGGAGUGAACCACUCGGCUCUCUCGAUUGGAUCUCGCGUUCAACUCGCCCGUUCGGCCCGUCUUUUACAGAACGGGGGCUGGGAAUCGACCAAGGGGGCGCCGAGGCACCUCCACGACUGCGGAUACAAUUUCUAGGCACCCGUUUCCCGGUGAACGUUCAGGAAAAUGGCACUCGCGGGGAACGUGAUCCUGGUUACCUUGACGCUGAUCGCCGCCUCGAAGGGCCUCCCAGGUAAUUCGUGGCCGUCCUGCGCCGGCAAGACGAUACUGAGAGCUGACGGCUUAUCUUGCGAGGAGAAGCAAGCCAUCUUGGACGAGCAUAAUCGUCUGAGACAGCUAGUGGCUCUGGGGCAGAUUCAUGGACAGCCAGGCGCUGCGAAUAUGAGGGAAAUGGUAUGGGACGACGAAUUGGCCGCAAUCGCGCAGAGAUGGGCGGAUCAAUGCGCGGAGAUCCACGACAACUCGAGGAACGUUCGAAGAUUCGCCGUGGGGCAAAACAUCGCACGAACAUGGACAACGAGGCCUCCGGGAGUCUACGACGACGAACCAAAUUGGCGACAGCGAAUCUCGGAUUGGUUCAACGAGGUACAGCACUAUCGUACCGGAUAUAGCGACGACACUGGUCACUAUACUCAGCUCGUCUGGGGUGACACGUUCCUUCUAGGCUGCGGAUAUUCCUUCUACUAUGAUCCAGCUCGAGGCUAUACCAAGAAUUAUGUUUGCAACUACGGGCCAAGCGGCAACGUGCUCGGCUUUCAACCUUAUCAAUCAGGCCAGCCAGCCUGCGCCAGCUACGGAAUGUCUUAUUCGAAUCGAUACGCAGGACUUUGUUCUCGAGGCAGUUACUACCACUUAGGAGGACUCUGCACUUAUGGUUAACGGAAAUCUUCCGAUGAAGAGAAGAUUCCAUGGAAAGAAAAGUCGAGAACGAAGAAGUACGCCUUCGCGACGUUUAUUAACGAUUAAACGUCGAACUCGACAGAUCGCGGGAGUUUUUAACAUUUUCCUGUCGUUGUUCCAUCUAGUACACCUUUUCUAGUCUAUGAAAUAUAGUCUGUAAAUUGUAGUGAUUAGAUUUUAAGUUUGUAAAAAAUCCAAACAUGAGAGUGCAUGGAAUAAAGUAACGAUUAAGAGGUAUUGGUGAAACAAGCUCGAACCCUAGUUUGACUUUGUGAAAACAUGCAGCGAGCAGUUUUAGUUUUAUUUAGUAAGUAACUUACACAGUAAUUAAGAUUGACAACUUACUAAUUGAAGAACU